UCUACAAAAAUUACGUAUGUUGACACUGAAAGGUCGUAUUGGAAUUUAGAGGACGGAUAUUCAUUUUAUUCGAACCAUCCAAAUAUCGUGGAUGUGAUUCCUGCUCGGACAAGUGGUGUUAGUUAUAACCAUCGAAUAAAAUUAAUGCUAAACGCUUUGGAGGACGAUUUUUUGAGUUGUGCUGACCUGGGAGUUACCGGUGGUAGUUUUUUGAUUACGUUCUCUAAUCCAGCUGAAUAUUGUUCAGUCAGCCCUAGAAAAUAUAUUAUACCAGACACAUACACGAAAAUACAAAUCACUCCGUUCGUGAAAAAAAUUAAUUCGGAUUUAAUGUGGCGUUCAUUGGAAAUCAGACAAUGUUAUUUGCACAACGAAAGAAAGCUAUCAAUUUUUCAACUGUACACCGAGUUAAAUUGUAACCACGAAUGUGAAAUUAACAAGACUAUAUCCAUGUGUGGCUGCAUAAUGAUCGAGGGAGCUUUUUUAGGGAAAAAUGGCUCAAAAAUAUGUGGUCCUGCCAAAUACAGUUGCGCAUUGGAAGCUAUACAUUCAACAAAGCUUCCAAAAAAUUUAAAGGUGUGUAAUUGUUUGCCAACGUGUUCCAUGAUCGAAUAUGAAAUUACAGAUACAUCAAAUGUAGACGAUUGGAAAUACAUGAAAUCAAUAAAUUUGGUACAAAAUAAUUCUAGAGGUGCUACGAUUGAGUUGGUUUUCAAAAAACCUUACUAUACAGCAAACACAUCCGCAUCAAUCUUAAACCUGGAAUCUCUAAUUAGUAACGUUGGAGGAUUAUUAGGUUUGAUUUUGGGCAUGAAUUUAAUUAAUAUUUUU